CCCUCAGGAAAUGAGAGAUAGCCAUUUAGGAAAGAGAAGAGAAUAAGAAGAUAUAUAUACCGAUGGUAUAAAACUAUACUUCAUAGAAAAUACAUGUGUUCGAAACGAAAAACAAAAACAAAUAAAAAAUAAGCAAUUUUCAACAGUGCAAAACAAAAAUAAAUAAUAAAAAAUAAAAAAAUUAUCAUGUGGCUGCUGAAAGACAAAGCUGGAAAUAUCACUUAUCUGACUCCUGGUAAAACUUUUAACAUUGGACGCAAAAAAGGUACACUCGUUUUGAACGAUGAUUCGGUCAGCCGUAAUCAUGCAACAAUAUCCAUUCUGCCCAAAUAUCACAUUAACCAGAUUAAAAGCAACACACAACCGCUGUCAGAGUGCAAAAUCAUAGAUUCUGGAGCUAAAUACGGAAGUACCAUACUCAGAGAAAAUGAGCCGGAUAGACAAGUAACCAAGGAAGGAGACUUGCUGCAACACAAUGAUCGAAUUCGUUUCGGUGUACAAGAGUCUAUUUUUACAGUUUUAUACGUACCUAUAAUAACUGCAACUUCCGGUUUGGACAAAGAUGAGAAGAGCGAAUUGCAAAAUAUAAUUGAUACACUCGAUGGGAAAGUAACAAUGGGCUGGGAAUCUUUGUGUACCCAUAUGACUCUUUCAGAAGCAAAAAUAUCAGAAAAGUUGACUUGUGCACUUGCUUUUGGGACGCCGAUUGUGCCCAUGGAUUUUUGGAGACUGGCACUCAAAGCUUUUGGGGCGAAUGAAAAAAUGCCAGAACCCGCCAGUUUCACAAAGCACCUGAACGAGAAAUUUACGUUAUUCGGUCAAAUUUCUCUCGCUCCAGACUCUCGACGAAACAAUCUGUUCAAGGGCUUAACAUUCGUUCAUUUCGACUCUGGACAAUACUCUGUUCACAGACGAAUGAUCGAAUUAGCAGGUGGAAAGUCGUUGCUUUACAGACAGAAAACACAUGGAACUAUGAAUAUUUGCGAUGAGAACGUCAUUGUGGUGCAACUGGUCGAGUCCAACACGACUCAAGCAACUGGCACCGGUGAUGCAAGUUAUAUGGCAGCUUGCGUGCAGCUGGGAGAACAUCGACAUCGUGCGAUACCAGCGAGUGAGAUCGCUCUAGCGAUAAUUCAUUGUUCAACAGAAAAGUAUUGCAACCCAAAGUAUGAUCACGUUGGGAUGUUCAAGAGGAAAAAGAUCAGUCAAAUGGAAAAAUCGAGCAUUUUGGCUUUGGAUACUCAAGACGUCGAAAUUCCUGGCACGAACAAAGGAAUCCGUGUCGGGGAUCCUAUCGAAUCUUCAGGAAAGAAAAAUCCGCAUUAUUUAAAAGAAUCCACGGAAUACGAUUCGGAAUCGCAAAUCGAUCGGAAUAAACUCCAAAAAAGUCUGUCAAAUUCUGAAGAGAGUUGCUCCACACAAACUAGAGUCGAAAACCGAGCUCGAACUUUGGUUAAUCCUAUGGCAUCGCAACUUGACGAAGAGAGUAUUCAAGUUGCCAGUCUUAAUUACGAAAGUUGUAUUAGCAGCGAUUCAAAAAUUGAAGAAAAUCCAAAGAAACGAGCUCGCGACGAAGAGAACGAAAGUUUCGAUGGAGAAAAGAAAAAAAGAAUUUCUGAAGAGUCAUCUGGUCACAGAAAACCAGAGGAAAAACGACCAAGAAAAAAUUCAGCAUCGAAAGAUGCAAUUUCCGAUGACGAUAAUAUUAUUUUCCGUGACGAGGAACCUUCUAAAGAACACUGUGACAUCGAAACAAGUGCGAGGAAAUCCGAUGAACGAAUUCAAGGAAAUUCCCCACAGUCCCUCAAGAAGCCAGAGCCUCCUUUGAAAAAUCCAUUUGCGUCACAGAGGAAGCGCAGCGACGAGUUUUCAGAAUUGUCGCCACCCAAACCGAAAUCUCCAGAUCUGAGAAUUCCGAAGUCACCAAACGUUUCAAAAACGUUAAGCCAAAAUAAGUCUCCUGUAAAAAAUAAGACGAAAUUACCUUCUACACCGGAACGGGGACAACGAACUCUGACCAGUUUUCUAUCGCCAAAGAAGGAAAUGACUGAGAAAACUUGUUGGACGUCACCAAAAAAACCUCCAAAAAACAAACUCGAUCUUGUGCCACCGAGCCCUUCAGGAGAAUUCUUAAAAUCUGAGAAGACAAUCGCGAGCAGUACGUCAUUUUCCAAAUUGAAAACAUCAACGAACUUCCUUCGAGUAGAAAGUUUGGACGUCACAUUUUUAUCUGAACGGAAAUUCACCAAGAAAUUCAGCAAGAAUUAUCAGAAGAAACCUCCUCGCGUAAAAAUCGUUCUUUGGAACAACGGGGAUACAUCGAAAGAAGAAAAUGAAGAAAAAUCCCUGGAUGAUGAAUCGGAUGAUUGUCCCACAAAAUCGUCCAAAGGCCGCAAGAAAAUGUUCAGAGUAUAAUUAUUGUUAAAUGGGAUAUUAAAGAGUUGAAUAAAAAGACAUUCGUUUAUUUUCGACAUGA